UCUUUUAAAUUAGAUUUACCACUCUAUUGAUCAGGCCCUUUUAGCAUUUUUUUUUUAAACUUUCCCAUCUUCCAAUCUAAUAUCUCGUCCUUCUGUGCUGGUCAACAACAAGAUUUUUCGUUUUUUCAUCAUUCUCUUCCCCCAUGAAUCCAAUUUAUCUGAAUCUGAAUCUGAAUCCAUCACUCUCCUCUUUUCCUCUCGUAGAGCCCAAUGAUGAGGAUCAGCAGUACUGUCAACUCUUUAGUCCUCCACCAUCUCAAACUAAUUCUUCUCUUCACUCCACUCCCCUUUCCUUCAACUCGGCUCGAGAAGGAGGCAGCCAUGACCAUGAGGCCCAUGAUAGAGAACAACAAGAACAGCAGCAACGGCAAGAGGCUGAUAAGGGUAGUGAAGGUUAUCAUCUGGACUUCCCAUAUCCUCCACUUCAAUCUUCGAAGAACGGCAUAAACAGCAGCCUCGAAUUGUCCAUUAAGCAGGAAAUUCGGGAUGAGAGCCAAAGCAACAGUACUGGUUCAGCGAGGUGGAUGUCUUCGAAGAUGAGGCUGAUGAGGAAGAUGAUGAAUUCAGAUCGAAUGGGUGCAGACAAACCAGCUUCUGGAAAUACGCAGAAGUUUCAGGAUCAUCAUCAGCAACCAUCUUCAUUGGAGAUGGACAGCAGCAGCAGCAACAGCUCCUCCAACAAUAGCAACAUCACUGUUAGAGUCUGCUCAGAUUGCAAUACAACCAAGACCCCUCUAUGGAGGAGUGGCCCUAGAGGACCCAAGUCACUAUGCAACGCCUGUGGAAUUCGGCAACGUAAAGCCAGGCGGGCCAUGGCGGCAGCAGCUGCAAGUGGUACACUUCUUCCUGCAGAUACACCAUCUUUGCAGAGAAAGGUGCACCACAAGGAGAAGAGAUCAGAAACUGGGUACGUCCCACAGUACAAGAAACGUUGCAAACUGGCUCCCUCUCCUCGCAGCAGGAAGAAACUUUGUUUUGAGGAUUUCACUAUAAACCUGAGUAAGAACUCGGCUUUUCAUCGAGUAUUCCCACAAGAUGAGAAGGAAGCGGCGAUCCUGCUAAUGGCUCUAUCUUGUGGCCUUGUUCAUGGCUGAAUCUCUCUUGUCCUUUUCUCCUUGUCCCUCUUUUUGGUUUCUUUUUAUUGAUUAUUAGAAGCUUUAAAUUGUUUUUUUUUAGCUAUAGUAGAGCAAAUGUUUGUGUGUAGUGACUGAGAAUGUGUGUGUGAGAGAGAGUGAGAGCAAGAGGGAACAUUAAUAGCAGGUGAGGUACAAAAACUAAUAAAAGCAUAAAUAAAUUCGUUGUUAACCUGUUUAAUUA